CAAUUGAAAUUCUCAUAGUUACAAUCACUUUUACUCUGAAUCUCACUGGGAACUGUGUUACAGGGGCUUUAGCUGGAAAGUACUUGAGUUGCUGCACUGGUGUAAGGGAACACAGUGCCAUAUGUCAAGCCAAACACAUACACACACACACACACACACACACACACACACAAACACAGAGAGAAACAGGUGGCUUACCUCAGUGCUGCUUAACACAUGGCUGAGAUGCCACAUUGUCUGACCGGCGUUUGAGCUGAGGAGAAAAUCAGGACCAUCAGAAUGAAGGGUUUCCAGGUGCUCACCCUGUGGCAGAAAGUCCAGUUAUUCUACCAAGGGAUUCUGGAAAAUGGAGACAAGAGGACAGACCACUGGCUGCUGGUCUAUUCUCCUGUUCCAAUCAGCCUUAUCUUCUCGUGCUACCUGAUCAUUAUAUGGGUGGGGCCAAAGCUGAUGGCGAAGAGGCAGCCAGUCAACCUCAAACCUGUCCUGAUAGUUUACAACUUUGCCAUGGUCUGCCUGUCCGCCUACAUGUUCUAUGAGUUCACAGCCUCGUCCUGGUUGGCCAGAUACAGUCUGCUGUGCCAGCCAGUCGACUACAGUGACAGCCCACUGGCCAUGAGGAUGGCUAGAGUGUGCUGGUGGUUCUACUUCUCCAAAGUGAUAGAGCUCAGUGACACUAUAUUUUUCAUCCUGAGGAAGAAAAACAGUCAGCUGACCUUCCUCCACGUCUACCAUCACGCCACCAUGAUCUUCAACUGGUGGGCCGGGGUUAAAUAUGUGGCUGGGGGCCAGUCUUUUCUGAUCGGUCUGAUCAACUCCCUGGUCCAUGUAGUGAUGUAUUUAUACUAUGGCCUGGCAGCCCUGGGACCGAGCAUGACCAAAUACCUCUGGUGGAAACGCUACCUCACCUCCCUGCAGCUGCUCCAGUUUUUCAUAGUAACCAUCCACACCACCCACAACCUGCUUGCUGACUGCGACUUCCCCGACUCCAUGAACGCGGUGGUGUUGGCCUACGCGCUCAGCCUCAUCGCUCUGUUCAGUAACUUCUACUACCACAGCUACCUCUCCAAGAGGACCAAGAAGACAUGAGGAGAUGAAGAGACAAAUCCGGUGUAUAUGAAAGCUAUGUGGAGACAGAGGAGAGAGCGGAGAUGAAAGGCUUUGGAAACAGGGAGGUAACACAGAAAAGGGCAAAGGAGAGAUGACAGAAGGAAUAUAAAAACAAUUUCGACUCGUCUGUUAUGUUAAUUACUGCGGUUCUCACAUGUACAAAUACAUUAACAUAUUUAUGAAAAUCUAUACAAAUGGAGAAGUGGAAUAUAUUUAUGUC